AUGAAGUUCGCCAAGGAGUACAAGAGAUAUAUGCAGGGGAUGAAGGAGGAACUGCCCACUUUGGGGCUGAAGCGUCUGAAACAAAUGAUUAAGAAAUGCAACGCUAUUCCCUAUUGCCCUCAGCUCCCCGGCGACGACACCACCAUGCACAACAUAGAGCAUACACCCCACCCGAAUUUUUGCCCAGUACGUGAUGAGAGUUUCUUUCCAUCCCUUUCCAAUGAGCUGUCAGCAAUCGUUCGCUGCUUCAAUGAAAGGGUCGAAAAGUUACUUAAAUUGCAUGUAGCAUCCACGGGAUUGAGGAAGUACUUCAUGUGGUUCACAAACAGGUCUCUAAGGACUGAUGAGGCACUAGUACGGCAAGGAAAAGACCUAGUUACCUAUGCUAUUGUAAAUGCUGUAGCCAUGAGGAAAAUCACAAAGAAGUAUGACAAGAAAUGUUGCUCAAAACAAGGGCAGUCUUUCAGAACUGAAGCGCGGAGACUGCACAUCGAGAUACUUGAAUCCCCGUGGCUGCACGAGCUCAUGGCUUUGUACAUCAACUUGAGGUGGAACAAAACCGUUUCAAUGGACCUCUUAGUGGACCUCUCCCUCACAUUCGGCGAUGAGGAUAAGCCGACACUCUCUUGUAACCUCUUGGAUUCCAUGCGGGUCGACAUCGACUUAACCUGUUCAAUCUGCUUGGACACAGUGUUCGAUGCAGUCUCUCUUUCAUGUGGCCACAUCUUCUGCUACCUGUGUUGCAGCGCUGCAGCCUCUGUGACAGUUGUUGAUGGACUCGAGUCUGCAGAUCCUGGAUCAAAAUGCCCGAUUUGUCGCCGGGCCGGUGUCUUUCCUAACGCUGUGCGGCUGAAUCAGCUCAACAUUCUGCUUAGAAACAGUUACCCGGAGUACUGGGAGAAGAGGAUGCAAACCGAGCGUGUUGAGCGUGUUCGCUUGGCCAAGGAGCAUUGGGAAAGACAAUGCAGAGCGUUCACGAGCAUAUGA